ACAGAGAGAAAGGCGGCGAGUCUUAGAAGAAAAUAACGUGGAACACCAGCCGCGGUUUUUCAGGUAAUCUAGAGCUCUCAAAAUGUUUGCCAAAGCAACAAGAAAUUUUCUUAGAGAAGUCGAUGCUGGUGGUGAUCUGAUUGCAGUAUCAAACUUGAAUGACUCUGAUAAGUCACAACUUCUAAGUCUGGUGACAAAAAAAAAGAGAUUCUGGUGCUGGCAGAGACCCAAAUACCAGUUUUUAUCUGUCACCCUUGGAGAUGUACUCACAGAAGACCAAUUUCUGAGUCCAGUGGUCGUGGAUUCGGACUUUGUGAAAUACGAGGGCAAGUUUGAAAACCAUGUGAGUGGGACCGUCAAGACGGCACUGGGGAAGGUCAAGCUGAAUGUUGGAGGCAAAGGCCUCAGGGAGAGUCAGUCUUCGUUUGGAACCCUGAGGAAGCAGGAGGUGAACUUGCAGCAGCUCAUCAGAGAUUCCGUGGAGAGAACAAUAAAUCUGAAAAAUCCUGUGCUGCAGCAGGUGCUGGAGAGCGAGAAUGAGGUCCUGUGCGUCCUGACACAGAAGAUAGUGACAACGCAGAAAUGUGUGAUAUCUGAGCACGUUCAGAUUGAGGAGCAGUAUGGCGGCAUGAUGGGAAUCAAAACCAAGACCAUGCAGGUGUCAGUGACGAAGAAUGGCAACAUUUCCAAGAACACCAACGUGGCGCUGGAGAUCCCGGCUCUCGCCACCAUUGCCUACGGUGUCAUCGAGCUGUAUGUGAAACUGGAUGGCCAGUUCGAAUUCUGCCUCCUACGAGGGAAGCAGGGGGGCUUUGAGCACCGGAGGAGAAGCGACAUUAUCUUCCUGGACCCCAGGCCCUUACAAGACAUUGUGUGCUGGGACACGCCAGAUGCUGGGCAGGGGCUGCCUACCCCGGAUGGGCUGUUGAGUGUUUUAAAACAAGGGACUCUGCUCUUGGAGAAGUUCCAUCCCUUUGUAGAGCUGCCGGAGCAGCAAAAGACAGCGCUGAGCAAUGUCCUCCAGGCGGUCCUGUUUGAUGAAGAAUUACUCGUGGUCCUGGAACAGGUGUGUCACGACUUGGUCAGUGGCCUGUCGCCCCUAUUGCCGACGUUGGGGGAGCUAAAGCCCCUGCAGCAGCAGGACCUCACGGCCUUCCUGCGGCUGGUGGGGUGCAGUGUGCAGGGUGGGUGUCCCGGCCUGGAAGAUGCAGUCAGCAACCAGAAGCUCUUUUCUACGGCCUAUUUCUUGGUCAGUGCACUAGCAGAAAUGCCAGAUAACGCAGCAGCUCUGCUGGGCACUUGCUGUAAGCUCCAGAUUAUUCCUAUGCUGUGCCACUUGCUCCGUGCUCUGUCUGAGGAUGGAGUAUCUGAUCUUGAAGACCCAGCCUUGGCUCCUCUGAAAGAUACAGAAAGGUUUGGGAUUGUGCAGCGUCUGUUUGCCUCAGCCGACAUCAACGUGGAGAGACAGCAGUCGUCCGUGAAAGCCGUCAUCCCGAAGGACCCUAACGUUUUCCCACUAAUUCUUUACAUAAGCCUGAAUGGACUCUGCGCUUUAGGUGGAGCACAUUAAUAAUGUCAUAUAGCGAAUUACAAAUACAUGCCAUCGGCCAAGGCUGAGUAUUGUUAAGAUACACUUUGGGGAUUAGGUCAGAUCUAUGUUAAAAGUUGAUCAAGGAAAUGAAUUUACAAAACAGUUUAAGAAGUGGUGACUUUUUGCACUAUGAAUCACCUCAAGUUUAGCCAUCUGUAAAGUCUCUUUUUCACAAGGGCUCUCCUGUGCUGGUGACACAGUGUCCAAGUUAGACUCCAGCACCUGGAGAGUUGGAGGAGGGUUGGAAAUUCUAAGCUACUAUACAUUCAGACCUUUUUUUCUGCAGAAAAAUAGGUCCAUCUAUCACUUUCUUAUAUUUCCCACUUUCUUUGUUAUACAAAAACUGAUGAGUCUGAUGCUUUGAUCCCAAAUUUCGUUUUAAACUGUGAAUGCUAUGGGAAGGCAAUUUCUCUUUCUAAAGAGGCUAUGUUUUGGAUGUGCUGUAUGCCGUGUGGUAAAUGCCACUAGAGUACAUAUAUUCUUCUGCUAAACAAAAUUAGACUAAAAUAAUCUAACAACAGGACACUCUUCCUUAGGGGUCUAGCUAUAUGUCUUUUAUUUGACUUGGCAUGCUUUCCUGGACAUACUAAUUCUAUGUCUAGAACAACGUGCUGAUUUCCCAUGCAUUCUGGAUGUUUAAUUUGUAAAAUACUACAUAUUGUAUCAAAGGAAACUUUGAAUUGUAUAUAUUUUGCUUUUUAUUCUGUUUUGAUAUCCUUCUACUAUAAAUAGCUUGGACUGUCUCCCUAGUGCCCCUGAUUCCAUUGCUAAUAUCCACUGGGGACCUGAAGCUCCUUCUGCUUUCCCUUAGCAAAAAGUAGCUAGCCUUACCGCUAGAAUUUGUCUUGCUUUAGAGCAGGGAGGCAGUGGGGAUGAGGAGGAGCAGUUGAUGGAGACAAAUGUUACUCAGCAUGUGUUUUUUACCUCAACAUCAUCUGCUUACUCCCUCCUGCCCUUCAGAUUUUAAUGAGCACUAACAAGGAAGAAAUGAAGCAAACAACCCUUUUAUCACUUCUAUUAAAAAUGAGACUGAACCUUAUGCAAAUACUUAUGAUACAUGAGAAAAAAAGGAUACAGAGUUGUAUGCUGUGGUAGCAACAACAUAAAAAAUAAGCGCCUUAUACACAAAUUGGAAAAGAAUAUGCAAAAGUGAAAACAGUUGUGCUAAAAUGGUGGCACUAUACAUGCCUUUUUGUCUGGUUUUCUGAAAUAAAGAACUGCA